GGCCAAAGAAGAAGAAAUAACAUCAUUUUGUCAAUGGGACGACCGCAUCAGCACCAAUGGAAGCAGAAAUAAAAUGGUCCACAGAAUACCUCCCAAGGAAAUUGUUCACUACCUCAUCGAGGACGAAGGACAACACCGGAGAAGCUUAAAGUAAAGGACAGGACCAGGACAGAACGGAAAGGAAAGGUAUACCUCUUUACAGGUCCUGCCAUGGAUCCAAAGGAACUAUACCACCAAGGCUUAACCCAAUCCACCAGGAAACAGCAUCAAAAGACACCAGUCAAUUCGCAAGCCUCAGUUCCAAAACCUGCAAAUGAAAUUAUUGAGUUGAAGAAACACGCAAAUGCACAAAUGCAGCAAAAGCAACGUCAAAUGCAGGCAAUACAGACAGAGAUUCUUGCUUCGACACAACAAAUGCAAAAUACCGCCAAACAAAUGCAAGAACAAUUCGCCAAUUUACAAUCACUGUCUGCAAUGCCUUCUUUGAUAUCACUAUUACAGCAAACACAAAGCCAAACACCGCAGCUGCACGUAAGUCAUAACCCACCAUCUUCACAUUUGCCAACAAGUGAGACGCAAGAGCCAUUAAAUUCACCAGACCGCACAUCGUAUCACCAACCGCCACCAGGAUCAUCCAUAACCUCACAUAUGUCUGUCCACAGUUCACACUCACAAAAUUCAUUACAUUUGCCUCAGAAGAAAAUUUAUCCAUUACCUAUUUUUACAGGCCUUCCCGAAGAAUGGCAGACAUUUUACGAAUCAUUUGAAAGCACAACCACUGAAUUUGGAUACUCCAACUUACACAACAUAAUGCGCCUGAGAGAUUCUUUAAAGGGCCGAGCAAAGGAAUCUGUAGAAUCCCUCUUAGGUAAUUCAAGCAACGUCGCCGCCAUUUUGGAACUGCUGCAAGAAACAUUUGGCCGACCGGAACAGUUGAUCAGGAGCCAAAUUGAAAAAGUAAGGUCGGUGUCACCAAUAGCCAAUGACAAUCUUGAGGCACUCGUCAAUUACGCCAACAAAAUAGGCAACAUGGCCACAUUUCUAAAGAACGCCAAAGGUGAGCACCAUUUAACAAAUCCUUCGCUUCUAAGUGAAUUAGUGUCCAAGCUGUCAACCAAUCGCCAAAUGCAGUGGGCAGAAAAAUGUCUGCAGCUUCAGGAACCAGCCACUAUCGUUGAUUUUGCAAAUUGGCUUUCCACACUACGCCGCCUAGCCAAUAUGGUCAACGACACAUUGCCAAUUGCAAGCACAUCUGCUAAUCGCCGCCAUGUACCAACAACUACUUCACAAACAUCCACCCGAAAAUUUGCCUGCGUUGGAGUUUCUUCUGGUUAUCAAUGUCCAGUUUGUAAUGGUGAGUGCAAAGGCAUUAAAAAUUGUCCAACUUUUUUACAGAUGUCACUGGAUGACCGUUGGAGCAAAGUGAAGCAAAUUAAAACAUGCUUCAGUUGCUUAAAGAGAGGACAUCAAGUAAAAAACUGCCACCAAAAAGGACGUUGUGGGGUAAAUGGCUGCCAAAAACCACAUCACUCACUAUUGCACAAAACUUUUCCGGUAUUGGAGUCUUCAUCAGCCGUUUUGUCACAACCCAACAUGAAUACCGACGCAAUAACACAACAAACCGAAUCGCAAUUAGACGCAAGAAGAAAUUGCCAUGCAACAUGCCACACCGAAAACGUAUUGUUCCAAAUUCUGCCCAUAACAAUAUACGGUAAGCAAAAACAACUCACGAUCUACGCGUUUGUUGACGACGGAGCAAAUGUAUCAAUGCUGCACACAGACAUUGCAAACGAGCUAAAUAUACAUGGCGAAAGAGAUUUUUUGGAACUUCAGUGGCUAAAUAAUCACCGCACUUCACAAAACACCGAAAAAAUUAAUAUUACGAUUAGUGGAAUUGGCCACUACAAAGAUAAAUAUACAAUUUCCAAUAUUUAUUUAUCAGCUGAUCUGUCAUUGCCAGUGCAGAGUUGCCACAUGGCUCAUUUUUUAAAAUCCCAGGAAUGUGAAAAAAUCUCAAAAUUUCCCGUGCAUGAUUAUUCUAACGUGCGACCAAUGAUGAUCUUGAGCCUGCAACACUCAUUUUUGACCGUUCCCUUAGAAGUUCCACGUCUUAUAAGUGAAUUUGGGCCUAUCGUUACAAUAACAAGAUUGGGAGCUAUUUUAUAUGGACCGAUACCAGGUGAUAAAAAUAACACUAAUAAACAUGUUUUGCAUUUUCGUAGGUGUUCAAAAACUGAAAAUAAUCUACUCGGAGAUAUGAACAACAUGAUGCGUGGUUAUUUUGAUGUAGAAACAUUGGGCAUCAAAGUUGAUACAAAACCACUGAUUUCAAAGAAGAACGAAAGGGCGAUGCAGUUAUUGAACAAGGCUACAAAGUGGGUAAAUGGCAGAUACGAAUGUCCUCUUUUAUGGAAGGAGAAUGUACCACUAAUACCGGAGUCAUACGACAUGGCACUAAGACGUUUAUAUAGCAUCGAGCAAAAAAUGGCUAAAAAUCGUGAGUAUGGAAUCGAAUACAAAGCAAAAAUCGAUGAUUAUAUUAAGAAAGGAUACUGUCGGAAACUUACAACUGAAGAAAAAGAAGCCAAAUAUGAUCGUGUUUUUUAUAUUCCACAUUUUGGUGUGAAAAAUCCCAACAAAAAAGGUAUUCGUCUUGUAUUUGAUGCCGCCGCUGAAAUUAAUGAAUUUUCUUUCCUAAUAUCAGGCCCAGACAUAAACAAUCCACUAAUUACCAUUCUUUUUAAAUUUAGAGAAGGCCCAAUCGCAGUAUGCGGAGAUAUAAAGGAAAUGUUUCAUCAAAUUGGUGUAACGAAAAUGGACCAAAACUGCCAAAGAUUUUUAUGGAGGAAUGGAGAUGUGAAUUCGCCAGUGGACAUAUAUGUCAUGGAGCGUCUGAUAUUCGGUGCCACUUGUUCCCCCACAAUUGCCCAAUUUGUGAAAAAUUUAAAUGCCAAAAAAUUUUUGGAUACACUCCCUAGAGCCGUUCGUGGUAUCACAGAUCGUCAUUAUGUGGAUGACUAUGUCGACUGUUUUCAGUCCGAAGAAGAUGCAGUCAAAAUAUUAAAAGAAGUCAUCAAAAUUCACAAAGUUGCGGGAUUCCACUUACAUUGCAUAAAAUCCAACUCGAAAAAAGUGCUUGAUGAGUGUGGUAACCCAGAUGGCGAUAAAGGUAGUAGUGGCAACACCUUUUGUUAUGAUGGAGUAGAACGAAUACUCGGUAUUCGAUGGGUACCCGCAACAGAUGUCUUUUGUUUUGAUUUAAAACUAAAUAAAGUGGACGGACGAAUAUUAAGUGGUAAAAAAAUUCCAACCAAACGAGAGAUGUUGUGUUUAAAUAUGUCGAUCUACGACCCGUUUGGUUUUGUGAGUGACUUUAUGGUGACGUCGAAAAUUAAAAUGCAAAGUGUGUGGAAGUCUGGUAUACAAUGGGAUGAAGAGCUCCCUAAAGAAAUAUAUGGCCGCUGGAAGUUUUGGUUAGCCCAAUUGCCAAAUAUUGUGAAAUUCAAUGUGCCAAGGUAUUAUAAUCCAACAUACCAUAAUAAUGAUGUCGAACUUCACAUAUUUACUGACGCUAGUGAGGAUGCAAUGGCUGCGGUGGGUUAUUGGCGUGUGGUAAGUAGUGAUAUCAAAGUAAUUUUUGUGAUGGGCAAGACAAGUUGUGCCCCAACUAGAUUCCACACAACACCCAAGUUGGAAUUACAGGCCGCCGUCAUGGGAAUACGGCUUAAAGAAUUAAUUAUGAAAAACCAUGAAAAAUCGAUUAAAAAUAUUGUUUUUUGGACAGAUUCUACAACGGUGCUGCAGUGGAUCAGGUCCGACCACAGGAUGUACAAACAAUACGUGGCAAAUCGAGUGGCGGAAAUUUUAGAAAGCAGUCAGGUGGAACAAUGGAGGUGGUGUCCAGGUCCAAAUAAUACCGCAGAUGAGGCAACAAGGGCAAAUCUAACCAAAGAAUAUGACCCGAACGGAAGAUGGACAAAUGGCCCAAAUUUUUUAAUGAAAAAUGAGGUGGAGUGGCCGAAUGAAACAAAAACAAAUUCAGGUGCUGAUCGAGGUAAAGUGGAACUUCGUUCAAAGUAUAGAGUGCUGGUGGCAAGGCAAGUACAUUCAGUUAUACCUGAUAUUAAUCGUUUUUCGAAAUAUAGCAGAUUAAAAAGGACUAUGGCGUGGGUGCUUCGGUACAUGCAUAAUUUGAGGUGUAAAUUAAAACAAAGUGCUGGUAGAUCUGGAGAGCUGUCAGUUGAUGAGGAAGAAGAAGCAGAGAAGUAUCUCUGUAAGCAAGUACAACAAGAGAUGUUUGGAGACGAUUUAGCCGAUCUUGCUACAAGACAAAGGUUGUCAGAAAAGAGCGAACUCAAAUCAUUAAAUCCGUUCAUGGACACCGAUGGUCUGUUACGUGUUUCCGGAAGAAUUGAUAAUGCCACUUUCUUGUGUCUCGAUGCCAGAAGGCCGAUAAUUCUACCAAAAAAUCACCUGUUUACCAGCCUUUUAGUGGAAUCCUACGACGUUCGUUUUUGCCACAUCAAUGUUGCCACAGUUAUGAGCGAAGUUCGACAAAGGUUUUGGGUGCCAUCUCUUCGUCAGCUUUUGAAUAAAAUCAAGCUCAGAUGUCCUAUGUGCAAAGUUAGUCGAGCUAAGCCUACACAACCGCAAAUGGCUCCAGUACCUGUGGAUCGUAUUACCCCAUAUGUGCGACCUUUUUCAUAUACCGGCCUUGACUAUUUUGGCCCUGUCAAUGUUACCAUUCGCCGUCGUAAAGAAAAAAGAUGGGUAGCCCUAUUUACCUGUUUAACCAUCCGAGCCGUCCAUCUUGAAAUCUCCACCGAUCUGUCUAGCGAUGCCUGUCUGCUUUGUAUACGGAAUUUCAUCAACCGAAGGGGCGUUCCAGUGAUGAUUCGAAGCGACAAUGGGACAAAUUUUGUUGGCAUCGCCAAAGAGCUCCAAGGUACGUCUAAUUUUCUCGAUAUUAAUGAUUCGUUUCGUUCAAGUAUGACGGCUCUUGGCUUUAAAUGGGUCUACAAUACACCAAACAACCCUAGUGAAGGCGGCGUUUGGGAACGCUUAGUCCAGUCGGUGAAGAAGGCCUUGUAUGCGAUGUUGAAGGAACAUGCUCCGAAAUUGGAAACCCUUCAAGCUCUGCUCAUGGAGGCGGAGAAUAUGGUGAAUGCGAGGCCUUUAACUCAUAUUCCUGUUUCUCCUGAUGAUUCGGAGCCAUUGACACCCAAUCAUUUCAUUCUUGGAUGUCCCAACUCAACUCAUACACCAGCACCUUUUGAACCAAGGCUAAUGUGCUUAAGAAAACAAUGGCGAGUGUUGCAGAACAUGAAAAAUGGCUUGUGGAAUCAGUGGGUGCGUGAGUAUCUGCCAGAUUUGACCCGACGCACAAAAUGGUGUCUGCCUUCUCAGCCAAUGAAAGUGGGAUGCCUAGUCUUCUUGUGUGAUGGUGAGCUGUCGAGAAGUCAAUGGAAGAGAGGUCGAGUCAUCCAAUUGUUCCAUGGCAAAGAUGGUGUGGCAAGAUCAGCUGAGGUCCGUACUAGUGCUGGUGUAUAUCGUCGUCCUGUUUCGAGAUUAGCUGUCCUUGACGUUGAAGCACAUGAUGGUGAAGCCUCCCCCUCUGGGUCAGUUCACGGGGGUGGGGAUGUUGGUUAGGGUAACCCUGGUGUUACCAAUAUUUGAAUCAACUGUCAACAAUUCGGAGAAAUUUCCCCAGCCAACAACGUCAUUUUGUUUAUUUAUUUUUUGUUGUAAUUUAUAAUCAUCUCAUUGGUAUAAAUAAGCCUGUUAGCCCUUUAUUAGCCUCUUUUGUCGCCAUAGUAAAAAAAAUAAGUGAGUCAAGUGCUUUGUAUAAAGUUUAAAUUUUCAUAAUUUUAUUGUGUUAAAUUCAUUUUAAAAUGUUUAUUAUUACCUGUUUUUCUUUCAAUUUAAUAUUUGCUUAAAGAGAAUAAACAACCCCUAUGUUAACAACAUCAACAACGUGAACAUCAACGGCAUUGUUAACAACAACGGCAUUGUUAACAACAACGAUCACUCAUUAACCAUCAAAUAAAAUCUUUUAAUUUGCCAAACGGAA